GACAACAUCUUCGAACGCUACCCCGGUUGCGCGCCGGGGCUGCGGCUCUUGCAGCGGGUCAUGCGCGACUAUGGCAGGGGCAAGAAGUCCGUCUACUUGUUGGACCCUGCGACGGGCAAGAGGCUGAUCGACGUUCACCCCGAGAACGUGAGACACCACGAGCAGGCCGUUCAGGAUGCGGCCGAGUCCAUCAAGGAGUUCGGCAACAUACAGAUGGUGAGAGGGCAUGCAAUCGCGAUGCCCAGCGCGGAUCCAGAGAAGAGCCAGGAUCCUCACCCCUGGCUGCUCAUCGCGUACGGCACGCUAUGCCGCGGCAUCUUCAGGGCGCUGCAGUUAUGGCCAGAGAAUGACAACGUGAAGCUGACGCUUGCAACCCCGCUGGAGAUCGAGACAAUUGACUUCUGUACGCCCACCGAUGUCACCGACCACCUCAGGGACUUCCUGAACCAGUUCCAUAAGGGCGUUGGGACUAGCUUCUUGGAGGUGCUCAAGAAGACGCCAGGCGCUGCCGCCAUGUGGCAGAUCGAGAAGGACAGCGCCAACAUGGGCUCCCGCCACAGGAAGAGGGCCGCCGACGAGAAAGACAGCGAGGCGGGCCAGGCCGACAGGGAGAGAGCAGGCCCCUCGGCGGAGAUGCAGUUCCUCAACAAGAAUUUCCCAGGCGUGUAUAGUUCGGACAACGAGUUCCAGCGGGCGUCAAUCCUGACCAAGACUCUCCUGGAACGCUGCUGGGCGGACCCCAUCUAUCAGAUUAUCGGCGACGUCUGCGACUUCAAGGCCGUGACGAACAAAGUCGCCAUUCUCAACCUCUACUCGUUCAUCAGCGCGGUCAACAUGUCGACUGACUUCGUGGACCCCAUGGCCUUGCAGAUUCUCGCCAUCGAGGGCCUUACGUAUCUCUUGCCCUUCAAGAGGGCCCCGGACAAGGACAGGCUCCCAGGCGUGCCACUGUCUGGUCAUUUCGCCGCCUGCGUGCAUGAUAAGACUGACCCAGAGAAGAUUCGGUUGUUUCGAACAGAGAUGGCGAACAGCGUGGUGUACGCCAAGCCGCCGCAAGAGAAGAAAGCAAAGAAAACAGAUGAGAAGAUGCAGGAACCAGAGGAAGUCUUGGCGGCCCACGUGAUGCCCCUGGACAACAAAGGCAAGGGUCGCGGGAAGGUCUUCUGCGAGGAUGCGCUGCUGAUGCUGUGGAGCUUGCUGCCUCGAGGCCACCCCUCGUCUGACACCAGGAAGCAUUUCUUUCCCAAGGCCGCCGCCGGGGCCGCCGCCACCAAGGGCGAGCCCGAGAUUCGCAUGGACAAGGACACGAAGGAUCAGUGCAUGAAGUACUUCGCUAUCAUUGCUGACUCCGUCCAUCUCAUCUGCUGCUUCGUGCUGACUGGGCAGGUGCAGUGCUUUGGGAAGGUUUGGAAGGUGUGGUCGAAGCUGCGCAAGGAGCUCCGCACCCGCACUUGGAAGCGCAUCUGCGCUGCUGGGGACGCGAUGAUCAUGGACGAGCAGGCCGCGACCGAGGACCAGCUUUCCGAAACCAUGGCGUCCCGCUUUAUGAAUGUCGUGGACCCCAGCGCUUGCCGCAUUUCACAUAUCGCCGAGCUGCUGAAGGAUGGCGCGGUCCAGGGCAUGCUUCAGGCUUUUGUGGCAGGACACCUCGGUCGGCCGGUAGUUCGCACCAAGGAAUACAUGAAGUUCAAGAUGUCAGUUUGGGACGCCUUGGAGGAUAGCGGAUGUCGCCCGAGUACCCGUCCGAGUGAUCUGUUGCUUUUCAUCGAGGGGGGCCUGUGCGUCGUUUUCGGCAAGGAUUACAGCGACUUCCUGCAUCACGUCAGCCGCCUCUGCAUCGACUUGGAGUUGGGACCAGGGAGCCUAUGGUGCGUGAGCGCAUUCGAAUGUCUGAAGAACAGUGGCGAUAAUGAUACUUUUAAGGUACUCUUCCCAGACAUCAGGUCUUUCGAGAUCGUCGUGCACGCUCGAGCCGCCUUUACGCUUACUGUGCUGUCCGAGAUCAGCGAGUUAUACCCAGCCCUGGCCAAGGCCCUGAAGCUUCUUUCGAAGGACGUGCUUUCGACGAAUGGCCAGGUGGCGAUGUCCCGCGUGGCGUACCUGGAUGGCCUGCUGGGUUGCUGCUCGAACGGGGGCGACGCGGACGAGUCAGCGUGGCUGGAGCACUGGAAGGAAUUGGUGAAGGCGAUGGACGAGCAAGUCGCUGACACAAAAGACGACCUCGAGGGCCUCGAGAAGGUCGCGAUCAAGGUGGCGACCAGCCGCCUGGAAGAGUUGGGCAUUAAAAACUUGCACAUCCUCCUGAAGGACCUCCCGGGGGGGAGCGGCAGCUGUGGGGCUGCGGCCAGCGCCGCCGACGCUGGCAAACCGCUGGCUGACGAGGAGGCGGCGGCCAGAAGGAAGGAGCAGGAGCAGGAGGCAGCCGCGGCGGCCGCCGCGAAGGUGGCCGCCGAAGCGAAGCACCGGAUGCUCGUGGAGAUCUCGGAGAAGCAGCACUGGUCCGUCAAGGACUUGCACCAGUUCACCUUUUUCGGCGCGGCGGUGGAGAGCGCUGCAGAGCUUUUCGACGGCAGGGACUUCGAGGAUGCCCCGAAGAUCACCGUGCGCACGACCGACUUCGGCCUCCCUAUGCUCCAGAUGGUCUGCAACGUCGUUGAGGGGCGCUACCUGGCAGACCACCAAGCUAGCCAGCGGCUCGGGUGCACCGAGCUGGUCACUGUGGAUGUAUCUGAUAAGAAGGGCGGCGUGAGGUACUGCGGUAAAACGGCGACCCAUGACGACGAUUUCCACAUGAUUCUCUUCGGCAAGGCGACGUGGACAAAGGAGACGAACAGCUUGCUCGCGCUCGCAGUUCAGGUCUGCCAACCGAGAGAGCUGCAGGGGCCGGGGGGCGGGGACAAGGAGCCAGAGCACGGCGCCGUCGUCGCCACGUUCGGGAUCUUCAUGACCGGCACGGGCUUCGACAAGACGACAUCCCCCUGUUGUUCGCCUGCGUGGAUGGUCCCAGGGAAGCCCAAGUCGACAAACGUGGAGCUGGUCAAAGUUCGGUCCGCGGUGAAGCUCGACGAGGACGGGCCCCUGUCCAAGAUGCUGAAUCAGAAGGCCAUCAGCCUCGACGUAUGGCGCGCGGAACUCAAGCAGUCGGUGCGCUUGACAGGGGCCAACACGCGAGCGGAUUCGAUCUUGCUGGUGAAACCGUCGCAGGAGAAGGUAGACAAGGAUGCGCCCACCCUCGCGACGUACCUCGGCUACGAUGGCAUCGUCACGGCCAAGACCGUCGCCGCCGAGACUCUCGCCGCGGACGGCGUCGAGCAGGACGAGGCCGAGACAGUCGGCCAGUCCACCUCCUCCAGCUCUGGCGGCAGGGGGAGAGCCGUUCACCUGUUGAAGUAG